CCGUGCAGUUCUAACGUAACUGAAAAGAACAGACUUAUAUGCAAUUUCUGUGUGUAAAACAUAACCUAUACAAAACAAAUCACUGUAAUAUGCCAAUGUGACCCUUUUAUCAAUAAUAUAUUUUUUUAAAGAGAAUUGCUACGUUGUUCAUCCGCGAAUAUGUUGCGAAGGACGUGCAAUUUAUUACCGUCAAUCACUCAGACUUAUGCGCACAAAACAAGUAAAAGAUAUUUAAAUUUUGUGCCAGUUGUAGUGGAGCAAAGUGGUCGUGGCGAACGAGCAUACGACAUCUAUUCACGUUUGCUGAAAGAACGAAUUAUUUGCCUUAUGGGCCCGAUUACAGACAAUGUUUCCUCCGUAGUAAUUGCUCAACUUCUUUUUCUUCAAUCAGAAAGUAGUAAAAAUCCAAUUCAUAUGUAUAUUAACUCGCCUGGUGGAAGUGUAACAGCAGGACUUGGAAUUUAUGAUACCAUGCAAUAUGUUCUCCCACCUGUAGCCACGUGGUGUGUAGGUCAAGCAUGUUCCAUGGCCAGCCUACUUUUGGCAGCUGGAGCUAAAGGCAUGCGGCAUUCCUUACCAAAUGCUAGAAUCAUGACACAUCAACCAUCAGGAGGAGUACAAGGACAAGCUACAGAUAUUCAAAUCCAAGCAUUAGAAAUCCUCAAGUUGAAAAAACAGAUCAAUGAAUUAUAUGUUAAACAUACUGGACAGGAAUUAGAAAAGAUAGAAAGUAGUAUGGAAAGAGACAAUUUUAUGAGCCCAAUACAAGCCAAAGAGUUUGGUUUAAUAGACAAAGUGUUGGCACAUCCUAUGCAAGAGGAAACAGCAGAAGCCGAGAUAGAAAAAAAAGGCACUGUACCAACUCAGCUUUGAUGCUGCUGGACAUGAUAGGAUAUGGUGUAUACAGUUCCGAUUUCUUGGCAAGA